UCGUUAUUCAGACAGCGUGUGCGCGCAGGGUCAGCGCUGUUUAUGUUCUUCUGAUCUCCGACGCGCGCUCAGCGUGCACGCGCCCCGCUCAGGAUGAUUUUGUUACAUUGUAGCGCGGCGUAACUGUGCGUCAUAAAGGGGAAGAGCGUUUGAUCCAGGCGAAUAGAACGUUUUCAAACUUUUCAUCGGAUACCUUGUAAUUCUUAGACUACUCGAGAACGUUUGGAGCGCGGGAGAGCGAACCUGAUUUACGCAGCGGACGCGGGGGGGUUCGGUGUCAGACGGUGAUUCCGGACUCGGUCCUGACCAUCCAGAUCCCCGUGGAUGACCUCCAGAACCAUGUAUCCGCACGGAAGACCCCAGGCUCCGCUGGUGUCAGGCCACACUGGGAUGAAAUUCACAGUCCUGGAAACUCUCGACCAUAUAAAAGAGGAAUUCCUGCUGUUUCAGGCCCAGUAUCACAGUCUGAAGCUUGAAUGUGAGAAGUUGGCGAGUGAGAAAACAGACAUGCACAGACAUUAUAUCAUGUAUUAUGAGAUGUCUUACGGGCUGAACAUUGAAAUGCAGAAGCAGGCAGAGAUUGUAAAGCGGCUCAGUGCUAUAUGCACUCAGAUCAUUCCACUGCUGUCCCAAGAGCAUCAGCAUCAGGUCGCUCAAGCAGUGGAACGAUCCAAACACGUUAGCAUGGCCGAGCUCAACGCUAUCAUCGGGCAGCAGCAGUUUCAGCAUCUAUCCCAUCAUGCCCCGGGCUUCCCUCUGACGCCACACUCCUCUGGACUGACCCUGGGGGCGGGUGUAAGCCUCAUGGCUCUUCCCGGGGCCUUCCCGUUCCCCCCGCACCUGGUGCCUAAAGAUGACAUCGCUCUCCUCGAGCCCCUGGACUCCAGAGAUGGUGCUCAAAACAGGAGUGGCAGCGUCUCUCCGGUGGGCCAUCAGUCUGCAGGCCUUCGUCUGGGUCUUCCUCCUCCUUCCUCUUCCUCAUCCUCUCACGCUGAUAUGGACAAUAAACGGGGCGGCGCAGAACAGACCAGCAUGGGACGAACACGGAGGGAAAGUGGCAGUAAAAGUGAAGACACUCUCAGAAGAGACGGCACUAAAGAGAAAAGUGCAUCACCCGCAGGAGUCUCUCCCAGAUCGACGGAAGGGAACGGACUGAACAGCUCUCCAGCGCUCAGAAAGAAUCCGUCCAGAGAAGACUCUUCCUCUCCUCAAUCUCAGCCGCGCUCGCCCGGACUCUGCAAGAGCCCCACUCAGGAGAGAGUGAGAUCUCCUUCUCCUUCAGCGUCUCCUGGCUCUCCAGCACCUCCCCGUCCUCUCUCGUCUCCCGCUCUCAAACACUAGGACCCACUCCUACCCAUGGAGUGAGACUAGUGAAAGACAGCCACUACCCCUCCCCAGCCCGCCCUUCCCAGAAUUCACGGGGCCAGUCCCAGAAUGCACCGGGUCGGGCCCCAGAGUGCUCGGGCAUGGGCGUCAGGUGCCUUGUCAGAAGCCCUUCAUCUGUCCUUGUGACCCUCCGAGCUGAACUCUGAGCGAACCACAUCUGUGUUCUCACACGCCGGGAGUAAUCAGCCAAUCAGCUGUCUGACAGCUCUGUCAGCCAAUUAAAAAGAAAGCUGAAGAUUCUGUGUGACAGGCUUCUCCGUAUCAUCUCCCACACAGAAAUGGACUGAGAUGCUUUUACUGCCAGUUUUGUGUCAAAAUGAGUUCAAAACUAAGACUUCCAGACAAAUAGAUGUUAAGGAGUUCCUGUUACAGCACCAUUUCACAUUUCUCCCCCCAAGAGCUUUCAACUGUGUCAGUAAAGAGCUCCAAACACCCUGAAGUUUCCCGAGCACACUUUAUUAAAACUGUCAUUUAGUUCCACGCCGCAUUCGAAGAGAAAUGAUGCAGUUUUUGCUUGUAAUAAACAGGCUUCUGUUGUUCAAAUAUGAACACUCACUUUAAAGCAUGAGAACCUGUACUGUAUUGUGGAUAAAAUCAUGGUCAAAGGAUGCUGUUAGUGUGUUCAUAUUCACAAUACAGCACAAUCCUGAGUUCUUGAUUACAUUUUAAAAUGAUUAGUGCAUAAUAAAGACAAAUUAAGUAUGCAAAGUUUGAUUGAAAUAUAAUUUUAUUAAGCAAAUUCAUGUCUGUUUCUCUCCUUUGGGUCAUAUGCACAGAAAGCCACCUAGAAAUUAACUCUAUAUGUUUUAACUGUACACCAGGACAGGUCAGGCUUUAAUCAAUCUCUGGGUUUUAAAAGGCUGUCAUCUUUUGCUGUACUGCUUGAUUUCAACACUAGGCUGCGCUUUAAUCAAACACAUAUCAGUCAGAGCAGGUUUCCAUCUGCUUUGCUCCAUGUGGAACUAGUUAAGAGACCUUCACCCGCUAUCUAGACAAAUGUAAUGGCUUGACCGUUUAUUUGCUAACUUUUCCUAAAUGGCGUUAACACAAACUGAUAAAAUUAAAUUCAAAUGUGUUGACUCCUGCUCAGCUGACGUCAAACGCUAAUAGAUGUGGUGCAUCUAAAAUCAUUUAACAGAUGAGCAAAUCUUUUGGCUGAAAUGGCCACAGUUUUAUCUGACUGAUGUAAGACAGCACCAUGAAAUAUCACAGGUCAAACGCAGGUCAGACAUCCCAGAAUACUUUGAGGAUGAAGCACUGGAAACAUUUCCUGGUUGUGUCUUCACACUAACACCAAUUCUUGCCGAAUACCGGGACAGAAGUGCAAAAUUAAAUCUUUAGGUAUCAUGGGGUUUUCAUUUGAAUUUUGGUGAAAACUGCCUUCUCACAAAAUAUAUAUAUAUUUUUUUUUCUUUCUUGUCAGUCACUCAAUUUGUCAACAUCCAUACAGAUUCAAAACUGAUUAAGGAAUCUUGCAUUGGAAUAUGAUUUGGUUUCAAACUGAUUUCUGCUCCAUUUCUUGAAUUGUCACCAUAGAAAAUCUUACUGUGCUCACAAAUAAAUAAUUUGCACAUGUA